AUGGCGCCUUCGUCGAAAAAUCACAACAUGGGGCAGAUGGUCGAGUAUAUUCCCGAUCGAUUAUACCUCGCAUCAUACGCGCAAGCUCCCUCCGCCGAGACCUACUUCCCCUACCCUGAGGCACCUCUCCGAUCGCCCAACAAGAGAUCCACCAGAGCCGUUGACGCACCCUCGCCGAUGCCGAGCAAGGACUCUCGCCAGCCACCCUGCUACUUCACAGUCGAUGACCAGCUCUUUUACAACGCCUUCCACCACGACUUUGGCCCUUUCCACAUUGGACACCUGUAUCGAUUCGCCCUCCAGUUUCAUGAUGUCCUCGGUGCCAAGGAGAACCAGCACAGACCUAUUGUCUUUUGGAGUCGCCCAGACCCAAGAUCUCGCGCCAAUGCCGCCUGCCUCCUCGCAUGUUACAUGGUCUUGAUCCAGUCGUGGCCCCCUCAUCUGGCAUUGGCCCCCGUUGCCCAGGUCGACCCUCCGUUGAUGCCCUUCCGCGACGCCGGCUACAGUCAAGCAGAUUAUGGCAUCACCGUCCAGGAUGUCGUAUACGGUGUGUGGAAGGCCAAAGAGGAGGGAUGCUGCGCUCUCGACAACUUUGACUUGGACGAAUACGAGAAAUACGAGAGGGUCGAGCAUGGUGAUUUCAACUGGGUCACGCCUCACUUUUUGGCUUUUGCUUCACCGCAACACAGCCCAGUUGCCAAGGUCGACCCCAACAGCGAUGCCUGGGCCAUGGUUCCCCAAGACUUGGCCGCUGUUGAUGCACACCCUACCUUGCCCCAGCCAUUCAAGAACGUGCUGAAACACUUCAAGGACCGCAACAUUGGUCUGGUCGUUCGUCUGAACUCUCCCCUUUACUCGCCCUCGUACUUUGAGGCACUGGGAAUCAAGCACCUUGAUAUGAUCUUUGAGGACGGCACGUGUCCUCCGUUGAGCACCGUUCGCAAGUUUAUCAGGCUUGCCCACGAAACCAUCACGGUCAAGAAACAGUCCAUCGCAGUCCACUGCAAGGCUGGCCUGGGUCGAACUGGCUGCCUCAUUGGAGCUUACCUGAUUUACCGCCAUGGAUUCACUGCCGAUGAGAUCAUCAGCUUCAUGCGUUUCAUGAGACCCGGCAUGGUCGUCGGGCCCCAACAGCACUGGCUGCACCUUAACCAGGGCACCUUCCGAGAGUGGUGGGUUGAGGAGAGGAUUGAGCGCAAGCUCAGGAAGGAGAUGGCUGCCAACCCCACACCUAGCACCCCUAUCCGAGCCAUGCAAAAGACAAACUUGGGCCGGACCAACACGACCCCUCACAGAUCACCAUCGAACCGUACACCUUUGGGCGAGGUGGACCAAGAACGGAACAACAUCGGCGUCCAAGAAGACUACCUUCCGGCUCCCACUCCUGGCCAACCACGAAAGACCAGUCGCGUAGGUCGCCACCAUCCUUAUGAGCGCAACGCCAUCAACAGCACUGUUGAGGAGGAGGAAGGCGUAGACCGUGAAACAGAGGUCAUUUCCAUUCACAGACAAUCCAAUGGUUCAGAGUCGGAGGAGGAGAUCCAUCUUCGCACGCGCACUCACCGAAAGGCCUCUCAGUCGCCAGGACGAAGCGACAAGUCUAGGUCCAUCAGCCAUACCACAACCACGACCACCGUCUACGAGGUCAUCGACAAUGAUGCUUCCAAUGACGCAGAGAACAUCGGUGCUGGCCGUCCAAAGAACGUUGAGAAGGUCGCCUCGUCUCCAGCGCGCUCAGCUAGUGCCUCGGGCGUACUGACAAAGGUGCGAAGUGGCAAACGUUCAACUGAUAGGUCGCCUGGUGCAUCUCAGAGCGGAGUACGCAAGACAAGCGGUCGUGUCGGCAGUGUCAGUGCCACUCCCAGCAACACAGCACGUAAGGUGUCUGCGAUAUAG